AUGACACAUGAUGAAAAUAACAUUUUUUCUCGUACUGCAAAUUUAGAAAUACUUUCGAUAAAUAAGAUAUGUCAUCUGUCAAUAAUUGAACCGAGGGCAUUUGCAUGCCCCUCUUUGAAAGAGUUAAAAUUUAGUGACAAUGGAUUUCGUGUUAAGACUGCACUGUUCAAACCCGUACCAAGUCUGCAAAAAUUAGAUUUAUCGAACAAUUAUAUAACAAACAGUCCUGUUAUAUUUAGGAAUCUAUUUUCUCCAUUGUCAAAUUUGAUCGUUCUGAAUUUGCGAGCAACACACAUAAAGAGAUUGCCGGAAAGAUUAUUUCAAAAAAUACCUUUUUUAAAAAUCCUCAAUCUGAAAGGUAAUGAAAUCGUGACCUGGAACCGAAAUGUAUUCAAAAAUCUUACAUCAUUAAGGCAUCUAUAUUUGGAUGGAAACAACAUACAGGUUAUUAAUGAAUCAUCGUUUCCGAUCCAGUUGUUGUGGUCGCUGGAGAAAUUUGAUAUAUCUCAAAAUCAAUUCUGGUGUACAUGUGCACAGAGAUGGUUUGUUGAUUAUUUGCGAUCCUCAAAUAUUUCUAAAAUACUGAAGAAUUGGCCAAUUGGCUACUCGUGCGUAUACCCAGACGAUAAAAAAAAGCCAUCCUCUCGUAGACUAUUAGCCCACAGACGCGCGUCGCUAUGGGAAAGACUUAUUCUUAUAAUGCACAGUCAAAUAGAUUCAAGUCACAUGACCAAUUCUAAGAGGUCUUUACUUGACACAACUCCACAUCUGCAAUAUCAACAAGGGUUAGGCGAAGACUUGUUUUGGUCUGCCAUUACGAAAGCUGUUAGGAAACCAUUUAAAGAUCCACCUAUAGCCAUUUUGUAGAGUCGAAAACAUAUUCAGCAACUUUUAAAUAGAUUUUUCUAAAUAGAAUCUGAUCCGACAGUUGUUAUUUUUUUGAUUGAUUGGUUGAUGUUUAUCGACUGGAAUUCUAACUUGUAAUAGUUGAGUUUAUAGUAUAACCGAGAAUUCCAAUUUCUGCUAUUAGACAUUGGAAUUCCAAUUUGUAUUAGGAUUCUAUAUCCAACUGAAUUCUAAUUUGUUCUGUAACAUAUAUUUAAGAAAGCAAAGCAUCUGCAAUUUGAGUUAGUAUUUUGUUUAUUGGACUGCGUUAUAAGAUCUUUUGGCCUAAACAAUCUUCAUAAAUAGGGCAAAUAUAAUUAUUGAUUUCGUUGUAUUAUGGGUCAGUUAGAUGAUGUUAUUUGUUAUGAAUAUAACAUCCUUGAUAAUUUAAUAUAUACGGAUUGGGGUCAUUUCGACAAAGAAAUUUGUAUUUCUAUCGUAAACAUGUACAUUAUUUAGAAUUUUCUCAUACACCGUUUUAUUUCUGGUAGAGUGCAGCUAUUUAAACGGGAGUCCAUGUAUAUAUAUAUAGUUUCUAUGUAAAAAGUGUUUGCUUAUUCAUAAUAAAAUCUUUUAUAAAAGUUGCUUA